AAAAAAAAAACGAAACGUGCGGUACCUACGCGUAAGUGAACUAAGUACUACGUCACGUGCGCAUUGUGUCACAUACGUACUGCGUCAUCUACGCACUGUGUCAUCUAAGUACGAACUACCAUUAGAUUUGUGAACAAAAAUAAAUCUUUCAGACAUUAGUAAACUUACAAAUAUGCACAGUGGCAAAGCGUCCUUAUUGCUUUAGAAGAUAAACGAAAAGUUCGAUUUGCUUUAAAGGUUAACAAGAUAAGUGCGGUUUGAAACGUGCUGGAAAUAUAACAAAGUUAUAGCCAGUAAAGAAGAUGGCCAGCAGCUGGAGGGUUAUAGGAGGCGUCGUCUGCUAUGUGGUUGUCUGCCUCGCCGUCGUCACUCCAGCAGCUGCGGAAGGUGUCUGCUACCACGACGGCUACUACUUUUCGAAUGGUAGUCGGUGGCGACCAGAGGUGUGCUUAGAGUGUGAGUGCCAGGGAUGGGUUGAGGUGUGUCAGCGGGAACAGUGCCAUGACCCACAGUGCCCACCACAUCACAUUCUCUACCACCACCCACAACACUGCUGCCCACGCUGCUUCCCACCCGUACGGACCUGCCAUGCUGGAGACACAAUGUACCAGGAUGGAGAAGUAUGGUCCCCCGGGGGGUGUGAGCAGUGUCGCUGUGUUAAUGGCACUCUGUCGUGUGGACAUAUACCCUGUAGUGUCACUUCUUGCAGAGAGGGUCAGGUGGCACUGCAGCUUCCACACCAGUGUUGUCCUGAGUGUGUGCCACUUGGACGAUCGUGUAAGUUUGAUGAGACAGUACAUCGUGAUGGAGAAUUCUGGUCACCAGUGGCAUGUUCACAGUGCCAGUGUCGUGAUGGUCGGACACAGUGUUAUAUUGCAAGCUGUCCUCGCCUCACAUGUCCUGCCAACCACACCCUGGAGAUUGGUGAGGGGUCAUGCUGUCCCUCCUGUGAGGGAUCACCAUGUGUUGCCAAUGGAAUGGUGUAUGGAUCAUCAGAACAGUGGUGGGAAGGUGCUUGUAGAAAAUGUGUUUGUGUAGCUGGAAGGAUACAUUGUCAUGAGAUAGAGUGCCCUGACUUAGAGUGCCAGCCUCACCAGGAGCCAUACACUCAAGAAGGGGCUUGUUGUCCUACAUGUGUCAGUAAACAAGGAUGGUGUCUCUUGGAAAGUGGUGCACGCAUGGCACCUGGUCAUCUCUGGAACACUACUGAAUGUGAAGUGUGUGUAUGCAGGGAGGCUGAGGUUAUUUGUAACCAGGUACAGUGUGGGCGUGAUGAGUGUGCCCCUGGAGAGCAGUUGGUGACUCAUCCUGGGGCCUGUUGUCCUGAGUGUUCCAUAAACCACAAAGUGUGUUUCCAUGAUGGUGCUCUGCGAGAGAAUGGAGAAAUAUGGAGUUCUGGGACUUGCCACAUAUGUUCAUGUGCUUCUGGGACUGUUACAUGUUACCAGCCUUCUUGCCCUCCUUGCCCAUUUGGCCUAGUGCCUCUCAGUCAGAAUUCAGACCAGUGCUGUCCUGAGUGCCAGAUCAUCACCUGUCCCCCAAACUGUCUCAUCUGUGUUCCUGGAAUUGCUCAGAUAACGUGUAAAGUAUGCGAAGAUGAGCAUUACCUCGAGGAUGGCAAGUGUGUUAAGAUGUGUAGUGAGGGAAAAUUUCAUCAAGGUGGGCAGUGUUCACCCUGCCACCCAUCAUGCAUGGCAUGCACACAGGCUACCAGGUUUCACUGCACAAAGUGUUCACCCAAGGAGUUGUUGCAUGAGGGCGAGUGUGUGAGAGACUGUGGACGAGGGUUUUACUCUGAAGGUGGAGCAUGCCAUCCUUGCCAUGCUUCAUGCAGUGAAUGUUCGGGUCCAGAAGCUGACCAAUGCCAGGUCUGCCCCACCGAGGCCUUCCUUCAUGCUGGCACUUGUGUUGACAUUUGCCCUCUUGGCCAUUAUGCUAGAGAUCAGUCAUGUGAACCAUGUGAAGAGAGCUGUGAGCACUGUGGUGUUGGUGAGUGCCUUCACUGUCUUGAAGGUUUCUGGCUGCAAGAAGGACGAUGCCAAAAAAACUGUUUGCCUGGAUACUACCAAGGUCCUGACAAUGCUUGUGUUAGUUGCCAUACCUCUUGUGGGACAUGUCACAGUGCUGGAAUUGAUUCAUGUACAUCCUGCCCUCACUACUUGUUCCAUAGUGGUUCAACAUGUGUGAGUAUGUGCCCAAGGGGAACUUAUGUCAAGGAGAAGGAGUGCAUUGCUUGUCAUGAAUCCUGCAUUGAAUGUCUUGGACCUGGACCAGAUAGAUGCACUGAAUGUUCAUUGGGUGAACAGGUGGUAGUCCUCAUUAACACAACAUCUGGCAGGUGUCAAAAGAGUUGCCCCGAAGACCAUCAGCUUUUGGACCGUGUUUGUGUUCCACCACCAGCAGGGUGUGAGUUAUGGCAUGCUUCAGAACCUACCUCCUGCUACAAGUGUAAAGAGGGUUGGUUGCUACAAUACUUUCAGUGUGUAGAGGAGUGUGGUGCAGGCUUCUAUGAAUACAGUGAAAGAAAUGUCUGCUUAGCAUGUGACCCUCGAUGUCGUACAUGUUCGGGUUCAGGCCACAGGAACUGCUUAAGCUGCUAUAAGGGUGCCACACUACACAGACGAGAAACAGGUUCUGAGUGCCUCACCAAGUGUUAUCACCGACACUACCUUGCACUGGAUAACACGUGUCAGACUUGUCACUCAUCAUGUAGUGUAUGUACCUUAAACAUGGCCAGCACAUCAACUUCCAUUUGUUUGCACUGCAAGUCGAGCCAUAAGUUUCAUGAAGGUGAACGUUGUGUUCAUGAGUGCAGUCAUGGAUACUUUCAUGACACAGAGUCAGAGAGUUGUCAGAGGUGCCACCCAAGAUGUGUCACAUGCACAGGACCUUUUAUGAACAACUGCAAAACCUGUCUGAAUGGGGCCAAGUUGAUUGAUACGGGAAUUUGUGAGGAUAGUGUUUGCCCCAAAGGAACCUACCUAAGCCUAGAAAAGACUUGCCAAAGCUGUGAAGGUGACUGUGAUACAUGUUCCUCUGAUGGCUCCUUGUGCUUAACAUGUCCACCCACCAAACACCUGCUAUAUGGAAAAUGUGUCAAUAAGUGCCCUCACAUGUUUUAUGCUGAUAAUUCUGCUAAUGGCGAAUGUCGGGAAUGCCAUUGGACUUGUGAAAGGUGUCUAGGACCCUCUGAAGCAGACUGCUUAACGUGUGGAUCUGGCAUGUUUCAAGAGGGUAACAAAUGUCUUGCACAGUGCUCUCCAGGUCACUAUCCCACUGGUAAGGAAUGUAGAGCAUGCCCAGGAGGAGCCAGCAAGUGCAACACAAGUACAGUUUGUCAAGCCUGCCGUGCACCGUACCUACUACAGGACGGCCAUUGUGUCACCUCAUGCAGAACAGGAACUUUUGCUAAUGUGUUUGAUAACAUCUGUUAUGAGUGUGGUGACAGAUGUGCUGAGUGCUCCUUGUAUGAAUGCCACACAUGUAAGCCUCCAUACCUACUUCAAGAUGGUCAGUGUGUUGAUCAUUGUGGCAAGAAUUACUUCCCCAACACUAAAACUGGAGUUUGUCACUACAAUACUGAGAAACCUAUUAUCCAUAUCUUAGCACCAUUAGUUGUGGAGUAUGGAAAACCAUUAUCAGUUAAUAGUUCUGUAUUGUAUAUCAAGGAUGUUGAUACUCCAAAUGAUCAGCUUGUUGUGAAUGUGGAAGAAACACCUUCAAAUGGAGGUAUAUUCAGAUAUUUCAACGGCAAAGAUGAGCAAUUAAUAAAUGGCAGUAAGUUCAAAGUGGAAGAAAUGCAAGAAAAUCGGAUAUUCUAUAAGCAUGAGACAAAUAGACCAUUGUAUGGAGAGAUGUGGCUAAGUGUGUCUGAUGGCCAGUAUCAGUCUCUAGCAGAAGUUAUAUCUAUUAAUGUUAUAUCUAAAUAUCCACCAGAAAUUGUGAUGAAUGAGCCCCUUGUAAUUUUUCGAGGACAUAAGGAACCUAUAAGUGCAAAAAUACUUAAUAUCCAUGAUUACGAUAACCCAGAAAGUGUUACCAUUAGAGUAGUGGAUGGUCCUAGUUAUGGUCAGCUGUGUGUAGAAGAGGAAGAGCUUGUUCUGUUUUCUUUGGAUGAGUUGUUGCAGGAGCAGGUAAUGUAUACCCAUGACAACUCAUCCUCCAAAACAGAUAGAAUACUUUUGCAAGCAAGUGAUGAACAUAAUGUGGUUAAUUUCAUUUUUCGAGUAUAUAUUGUUGAAGAAGAAUUAAGUGCCCCUGUUCUAAUACAAAACCAAGGCGCUCGUGUUCAGUCAGGAUCCCGAGUCCAAAUCUCUCCUCAGCUCCUACAAGCCAGAGACAUAGAUUCAGAUGAUGAUAACCUGGUUUAUACUCUUCUUCCCAUGCUUCAGAAUCCUGGUCAAGGAAAGUUAACUUUGAUCAUCCCAUUGCCUCCAGCCCCUGAUGGGUUUUAUAAUGAUGGCUGGACUCAGAUGGAUGAAACCCAUCUUGUGAGACCUACUACAAGCUUCACCCAACGAGAUGUGAAUGAAGGCCGUGUAUGGUACGUCCAUUCAGGAGAGGAAAGUGUGGGGGACAUGACAUCAGACCAGUUGUUGUUCUCCAUUGCUGAUAGUUCACAUCCACCAAACAUGCUUGCUGACCAGUCCUUCAUCAUCCAAGUGCAACCAUCACCACAGAAGACAGAGGUGUCCCCAGCACCAGGGAUCCAGCUUGGUAUUACAGUACAGGAAGGCCAAGCAGUGGCGAUUACUCCCAGUCACUUGUCAUUUGCAGGAGCACAGUCACCAGAGCAUCUUGUCUAUAUCAUUACCCAUCCAUUGGGGCCUUUAGAUGGCUCUCUCUUCAACAUUGAUUCACCAGGACUGGAACUUCAUCAGUUUAUGCAAGCAGAUAUCAAUGAUAUGAAAAUUAUUUAUAUGCCUCCCUUAGGAGACAUGGGUCAAGAAGAUAAAUAUUUUAGUUUCAAAUUUACUGUAUCAAAUGAGAUGAGUGGAGAGCCUAGCAGGUUGCCAGAGCAGAAGUUUACCAUUCAUGUUGUGCCUCUGAAAGGAACUCAACUCUCCUUCACUCAUGAGAACCCUGAGCUGGUCAUCAAUAGUCAUGCCUCUGUACUCUUGGAGCCAAAAUUCUUUGAGCUGAGUAACUUAGAAUCAGAGGAUGAUGAGAUUGUAUUCAUCCUUUUGGAGGCCCCUCUUCAUGGCACAAUAACCAAAGAAAUUAAUGGAGAGUCUCUUAUAUUUACUGAGGAGAUUGCAGAAUCAGUGUUGCACCCAGAACAUUCUGAAAAUGAUGACGACGACCCAAUGCCUCCAAGACCAAAAACUUCAGCAGCAAGGGCAGGUGUCGAAACACGUUUUGGAGUAUCCACCGUCCACAGCCCAUUUGAAAAGUUAUGGUCCCAUGAUGAAACAAAAGUUAUCAGUAGUUGGCAUCUUCACUUUACUGAUGUCCAUUCCAAUGACGAGGACCUGGUAUACACUCUCAUCCAUCAACCCCAGUAUGGGACUCUCGUUAGCACCGAACCUACAGGAAUUACACGAAGGCUUAAUGAAACCCAUAAGUUCACCCAGGCAGAUAUUAUCUAUGGCUUGGUUAACUACACAUCAGACAGAGAAAUUGGGAUGAAAACUGUAACAGAUAGUCUGGCUUUUAAUGUUACAGAUCCUCAAAACAAUGUCCUCAGUAAUCAGAUUUUGAAGGUGAUGAUCCAAGGUGUGGAUAACAAAGAGCCUGAAGUGGUAGUAGGAGACCCUGUUGUUGUGGCCGAGGGCAGCAGGAUUGUGUUACCUCCAACCUCCAUUACUGUCUUGGAUAUAGACACUCCAUUAUCCAGUCUCGUGGUUGUCAUUGAUGCACCUCCGAUAUUUGGAUACUUAACAAACACUAAUACAGAGUCAAAGAUCACCUCUGAAGGGACAUCACCAAUGAUGAAGUUUGCUGUGGUAGAUUUGCAAGAAAGCAAAGUGACAUAUAUUCAGUCACAGCAUUGCUAUCAAGAGCCUGUCCAAGAUACUUUUAUUUUUCAUGUAACAGACGGCACUAAUGAGUCUCCUGUCAUGAGAUUUAAUAUCACUAUCCAGCUUAUAAAUGAUGAAUCACCAGUGAUCCUUGGUGAGCAAGUGGUCAUCGACAAGAGCCAGACCAUAGUUAUCCGCAACCAGUCACUCUUCAUAUCUGAUACAGACACUGAACAGGACCUCGUUGUUAAAAUUGUGCAGCCUCCUAGUCAUGGAUCUCUCCACAGAAAGUUGUCUCCAGACUCUUCCAUUAAAAACAGUGAACUUCUUACUAGAGGACAGAGCUUCACUUUUCAAGAUCUUCUGGAUGAACUUAUUCUCUAUAGCCAUGAUGGCUCCAGAGACCCAGAAGACAUCAUGGAAAUUAUGGUUAGUGAUAGUAACCAUGAGACUGGUGGAAUUGUUGAAUUCAUAAUUCUUCAGAAGACAGAUGAGGCUCCAAGACUGCGCCUUAACCACGGCCUCACACUCAAGGCUGGUGAGAUGUCAGUUAUCUCUCCCUCACUUCUCAUAGCUGAGGAUGUUGAUUCUGAGACAGAGAUGAUCAAAUAUGUUGUAACCAGUCUGCCAGUAUCUGGGAAACUUGAGAUAUACCAACCUCAUUAUGAUAAAUGGAAAACAUUAAGUGUUGGUUCAGUGUUCAUGCAAAAAGACAUCUUAAAUGGCAAUGUCCGAUUUGUGCAUAAAAAGGAUACACCAAGUGGAACAGACACCUUACGUUUUAAUCUACAAGAUACAGAAGGGAAUGUUAUGAUGGAUCAGGCACUCUCCAUCACUGUGUUGGAAGACAGAAUUCCCCCACACAUCACUUUAAAUGUGGCUCUCAACCUUAUGGAAGAUGCUUCAGCUGCUAUAACAGCAGAGCUUCUUUCAGCGACUGAUUCUGAGAUGGAUCCUAUGGAACUAAGAUAUAUUCUGGUGAGUGGACCAGAUCACGGUCGACUUGAGCUAACAACGGCUCCCAAUAAGGCUGUGUCAACAUGGACCCAAAGAGCACUGGAGUUGGGGAUGCUGCGUUACCAUCAUCAAACCAUGGAUGAAAGCACCAAAGAUCAGUUUAAUUUUAUUGUUUCAGAUGGUUACAACAACGUAAGCCAGUCUUUCAAUAUCAACAUCACUCCUGUUGAUGAUGAAAUACCCCUUCUCAUCACAAACACCAUCAAAGUUCAAGAAGGUACCAAGAAAAUCAUCUCACAGUUUGAACUGGAGGCAUUAGAUGCUGACACCAAAGAUGAGUUCAUCACCUUCAGUAUUGUACGACCUCCUCAACAUGGACAACUGCAGAUUAUAGAAGUGAAGAUUUUCACAAUGCUAGAUGUUUAUGAUGGAGGAGUGUCAUAUCUUCAUGAUGGCUCUAACACAUCCCGGGACUCCUUUGACAUCACAGUGUCAGACUCUACUAACAAAAUGUACCGGCAUGGGAGGGGUAAGGAAGCUACCACUGAGCCUUCCACUGUCUAUGUGGAGAUUUCCUCAGUAGAUGAUGGGACACCAAUAUUAACAGCAAAUAGAGGGCUUCAGUAUUUGCAACAAGAGGAAGGAAAGGCCCAAAACCUGAUCACAGUACAUGAACUCCACGUUGAGGAUGAAGACACACUGCCUGAGAGUCUACAGUUUACUGUUACACGUUCCCCUGCUCAUGGUGUUCUUAGGCUUUCUACUCAUGAAAGACCAGUGUCUUCAUUUACACAAGCUGACAUUAUUGCAGGUCGCAUAUACUAUGAACUCAUCACCUAUGCACAUAACAUAACCAGUGAUGAAUUUAUCUUUGAAGUAACUGACAGUAAACCCAACACAGUAUCAGGCAAUGUCUUUCAUAUUCAAUGGGCAUGGCUUAUAAUGGCACACCGAGAAUAUAAUGUUACAGAAACUGGUGGUGUAGUUAAAGUUUUUGUGAAAAGAACUGGAAAUCUGAAGCAACAUUCUACAGUUACUUGCAUCACUCAUGGAGGAUCUGCAAAGGGAAAGUCAAAAGAACCACAGGAUGUAGACUUCAGAUUUGUUUCUGAACCAGUACAGUUUAGUGAGGGAGAGACAGAAAAAUACUGCACAAUACCCAUUCAUGAUGAUGACAGAUUUGAAGGCCCUGAGGCUUUUAGUGUUAAAUUAGUUGACCCAAAUUAUGCAUUGCUUGGAAAGCCAAGGAAGUCAGUGGUAACAAUUAUUGACAAUGAAGAUAAGCCUUCAGUUGUUUUUGAAACCAGUCAUUUCAUAAUCAAUGAAACCGAAGGUCCCAUUUUCGCUCGCUUAAAGCGUAAAGGAGAUAUCAGCCUUCCUGUGUCAGUGAUAUGUAUUAGUGAGGAUGGUUCUGCUAAAGGCUCUGAGCCAACUCAAAUAACAAAUGAAACCGAUUUUGUCCACCGCCCUCAUGACGAAUCUUCUAGAGUUGUUUUUCCUCCUGGUAUUCAGGUUUCCUCUUGUAAUGUAAGAAUUAUUGAUGACUCAAUAUUUGAAGUUAAUGAAGAUUUCCGAUUAAUACUGACAGAUCCAUCUGAUGGUGUGACACUUGGCGAGAUCCAAGAAGCCUUUGUCACCAUUAGAGGGCCCAAUGACCAGAGUACAAUUGGUUUCAUUCAAUUACAAUACAAUAUAUCAGAAAGUGAAAGUGAGGUGUCAGUGUAUCUAGAACGUACUGGUGUGGAUUUAAGUUACCCAUCAACUGUUUGGUGUGCAACCAAAUCCUAUACACCUGAGGAAGCCCAGCCAUCUCUUGACUAUGUUCCCCAUUCAGAACAAGUGAAUUUCAAGGAGGGGCAAGAAAGAGCAACAUGUACUAUUAAUCUUAUUGAUGAUAAAGUAAAUCCAAAGCUAGAGGGUCCAGAAAGAUUUAGAGUUUUCAUCAGCACUGCUCAGAAUGCAUCUAUUAACAGUGCUGCCUCAGAAACUGUGGUAACAAUAUUUGAUGAGGAAGAUGCCCCUUCUAUACAGUUUACCAUGCCUGAAGUAAGGGUCAGAGAAAAUCAGACUAUUGUAAAAAUCCCAAUCCAGCGCUCCGGGGAUUUGAGUAGAGUGUCAACCGUUUAUUGCUUUACACGUCAACGUUCAGCAAAGGCAGGUAUUGAUUUCAUGGAACGACCCAAUACCAAAGAUUCAGUAAUUAUUUUCCCUAAAGGGGUCUCUAAAGUUGAAUGUGAAGUUGGUCUUCUAGAUGACUUGGUAUAUGAGAAAGAAGAAAGGUUUAUAGUCAAAUUGUCUCACCCAAGUUCCCUCUCAGACCUUCGUCCAUACAUUGGAGAAAAUAAAAUAGUUCGAGUAACUAUUUUAGAUUGGGAGGACAGACCAAGAGUGUCUCUACAACAUGGUGCAUACACAGUUGCUGAACCCCAAGCAAGAGAUCUAACAUCUAGCCUCAGUGUGCCUAUAAUCAGACUUGGCGAUACAUCACAGGUUUCCCGAGUGAUGGUUUCUACUAGAGACAAUUCAGCUGCUUCAGGCUCAGACUACCAUCCACUUCAUACUCAAGUGGAGUUUGUACCAGGGGAUACAGUGGUCGAGGUGAAGAUCACGAUUGUACAUAACCCUGAGCGCCAGUGGCACAAGACAUUCUUGGUGGUGCUUGGUCCUGAUGAUCCCAUUAAUGCUGAACUUGGCAGUAUAAUUUCUGCAACCAUCACAAUAUUAGACCAUGAAUCAUCUGGGAGCUCAGUUCUCCCUGCACCACCUGUUGUUAUUUCUCUGUUGCAUUAUGAUAACAUUGAAGAACAUCUUGGGGAACCUGCAAGUCCUGGGUACCCACUAGUGUGUGUCACCCCUUGUAACAUGAAAUACCCAGAGAGUGCUGUUACUGCUGAGAUGUGUGCUGAGGCAGGGUUAAACUCCACUUCCCUACAGUACUCAUGGGAGGUUGCUGUUCCUGCUGAUGGUGAUGGUAGCCUUACUCCCUUCCAUUCACUUACAGAUAACACUUUGUUUGCCAGUGCACACAGUAAGGUGUUAGAUUCAAUGUUCUUUGCUCGACACUUCUGGGUACGAUGUAUUGCUCAACCUGUUAAGAGUGAUGGUGUCCUGGGAAUACCUUUGCGGAGUAAAGCAAUUUCUGUUGGCAUUCAAAAUGGGAUAUGUCAGAAGCCACUCGUGCCAGGUCAACCUGGUGGAUUUCAAAGCCAGUCCUUCAUAGCAGCUCUUUCAUACAUCAAUUCUACGGAUGAUACUCACCCUAAUACAGUUAAGAUUUACGUGGAGAUUCCCCAUCAAGAUGGUAUGGUUCCUGUGCUGUCAACUCUUCCAAUCCACAACUUGCGAUAUCUUUUGACUGAGGAACUCUACAGAGUGCAUCAUAUGUGCUCCAACCUUGUUCCUGGGGUUGGCUUUCUAGAUGAGACUCCUACACAAUAUCCACCUAACCCAAGACCUCACCAAUGGAAUGAAAACUUGAGAGAAAACAAAUCAUUGCUCCUGUAUCAUCACCUGAAUCUGAAGAGCUGUAUGUGGACCUUCUCAGCUUGGUUCUCCAUGUCACAGUUGGUGGACCGUUGUGGUGGUCAAGUUGUUUCAGAUUUUCAGGUUGGUUCAGGUGGACAAAGUUUUCUAACAGUGCGAGUGCCUCUGUACAUUUCUUAUGUUUAUGCAACAUCACCUCCAGGCUGGACAUCAGUUGAUCACAGAACAGAACUUUCUGUGUCUCUCUACUAUAACACACUCCUGUGGCAUCACGGUCUACAUACACAGCCUACACUUACAGCUAAGAUACAGAUAACAAGAAUAUCCAUUGAUGAAUCUGGUAGGUUGGUAAUUGACUUGAAGACCAUGGCAAAGUUCCGUGGUCAGUUUGUAUUACAUCAUCCACAUCUGGAGGACUAUUCAUCCCAUCUCAAGGCUCCAGAAGAAUUAGAUAUUCAAUUCUCUCUUGAGCUUUUAUGGACAGCUGCUACUUGGGAUGGCCCAGAACAGGUAUGGAGAGCCACUAGCAAUUAUAACCUCAAGGACUAUACUGGAGAGUACAUCUUUGAGCUGAUCCCUUGCACUGUGGCUCCAACCCAAGCUUACACUGUGGCUGAUCCACUUCCAUGCACACCUCAUCCCCCAACAACUUUUCCAUUGCCUAUUGCUAUUCAACAAACACAUCGUCCUGUUCCUCUUGUCUACACCCUCAACACAGACUUCCAGCUCCUAAACAGUCCAACUAUGUUCCUCAUGGAUCCAAGAAUGGUUGAUAACUUGCAGGAAAUAGACUACAAGGGGAGCUAUGGACCAGGUCAAACAAUCUAUGGCAGAGUAUUGUGGCACCCAAGUCAAGACCUUCAUUCUGCCUACCAGUUGUACAUCCAGCGUGUUUUCCUCUGCACCGGUGCUGAAGGGUACGUGCCAACGUAUGAUCCAACAGGAGAACUCUAUGAUGAAGGGCCUCAAUAUGGAUGCAUACAGCCUUCUAGCAAACUACGUCACAGAUUUCUCAUUCUGGUAAUAUUCCGAUUGAUAUUCUACAUAUGGUACAAGGAUUUCAUUGCAUCUUUGAUAUUUAGAUACAGCAGGUGUCACUAGGGAACCAUCCCCUGG